AUGUUCGAUGAAUUGGAAUACAAGAAUAAGGAGGUGGAAGAAGAGGAGGGAUACUAUAUAGAAAAACAAUCCAGAGAAGAAGAAACGAUCUGUAAAGAGAUCCUGGGUCCCGUGAUUUAUUUAGCCACCUUGGAGGAGAUACCAACACCAGAGGAAGAAAAGGAGCUUGCCAUUGUGGGAUCGAAGGUGGACUUAGACGAUCUGAUAAAAGAGGAGCAAAUAGAAGCG